CAGAUGGAUGAAUUAAAAGAGAAAGGUAAUGCUUGUCUUGGUCAUGGACAAGUUUCUGAAGCUAUUGAAUACUACUCAGAAGCACUUAAUUUGGAACCAUCUGCAAUUCUUUAUAGUAAUAGAUCUAUGGCUUAUCUAAAACUUAAAAAAUAUUAUGAGGCAAAUAGAGAUGCUGAAUGUGCUAUCAACUUGGAUCCCAUGUGGAGCAAAGGAUAUUUCCGUUUUGGAGAAGUGCGACUCUGUAUUGGACAGUUUAUGGAGGCAAUCACAGCAUAUGAGACAGCUCAGCUCCUAGAGCACAAGCAGAAUGGCAGACAUGACCUGGUGCUGGCCAAACGGCUGGUUGAGGCGCGCUCAAAGUGGCAGGAGCAGUGUAAAUUUGAGAAAAACCUGGCUUGGGUUUGUGCUGGUUUUGGCCUCAUCUUUUCUGUGUUCAUUAUCGCGGCCGAUUAUGCUCUGGCUAAGUCUCCUGCCAUGACCCAUGUGGUGGUGCAGUCAGCGUUUGUGAUGGUGCUGAGUGGCGUGGGCUAUGGUGGCGGUCUGGUGUGGCUGUGGUACAGAGCUCACCUGAGAAGCACUGCACUGCAACCACCGCUGUCACUACAGCAGGAGCGGCUCGCUGAACAAGAGGAAGACCAAGCACUGACCGAGCGCGACGACCGAAGCAAGACGGGCGCCGCGAACGGAGCGUCGCGCGUCCGCUACAGCAGAGCGCAGGCGCGCCAGCGAUACAAGAAGGGAAAGUCGUAG